UUUUUUAUAUCUUUUUCAAAUACCCUCAAAUUAAUUUUUAUUUUUAAAAUUUGCAUGAAUGUUGAAUUUUGAGUUUUGGGUUUGAUCCCUUUCGUUUACUAGAUUUUGAUUGUUUUACGAACAAAGGGUGUGUUUUGUAGAUGUUUUGUAGAUUAUUUGAUGUUGUGAUUUGUGAGUUUGAUUUGUUUUUCCAAGUAAUUUGUUCCUUUAGUAUGAGAAAAUCAAAGAUUUUUAUUUUGAUGUUUUGCCCUUGUCGUGAGACCCUAAAAUUAAUUGUUAUUGUUGAACUUUUAUGAUUGUUGAAUUUUGAGUUUUGGAUUUGAUUCCUUUUGUUUACUUGAUUUGGGUUGUUUUCUGAAUAAAGGGUUUGUUGUGUAUAUUUUUUGAUAUAGUGAUUUCUGGGUUUGAUUUGUUUUUUCAAAAAUUUAUUGUACCUUUGUGGUAUUGAGGGUUGUUAAUGAGGUAAUGGUGGUCUAUAUAUAUGUAUAUGUUAUUCCUUAAAUUGGUUUUUCUUUUUAUAGUAUCUUGUAGAAUGUCUGAAUUAGCCUGCUUUGCAAAAUGAACUCACAUGACUGGUCGGGUUUUCUGCUCGAAUCACCCUGACUUUCAAGCUAGAUGUUUAGAGAAAGUUGGAGUGAAUUGAUUGUUCUUAGAAGUGAAUGCAAAAUGAGCGGAGUUAAUACCUAAUAAUUAGGUAAUUGCGAAUUGUAAAUUGUCUGUUUUUAGAAGAAUGAAAAAUUUUUCCAUUGCACCAAACAAAGACAUAUACAAACACUAAGAAGUAGAGCAUCAGCCACCUGGAUUAUGCAUUAGUAUGAAGAAAGGGCCCACUUUCGAGGAAGGUUUUCCCAACUCACUUUUCAUGUGCAAUGGGGGAAUUGUAAAUUGUUAUAGAAGUGAAAAGAAUGGGGACAAAAAAGAAUGCUAGUGUGGAAGUAGUGGCUUCUAAUAACGCCGAAGCAAAUGGACCUGGUACUGAAACUUUGAAAGGAAAGAAGAAAAAGAGAGAUAGAAAUGAGGCCAAUGGGGAAAAUGCUUGUGCGGAAGUAGUGCCUUCUAGUAACGCCGAAGCAAAUGGACCUAAUACUGAAACCUUGAAAGGAAAGAAGAAAAAGAGAGAUAGAAACGAGGCCAAUGGGGAAAAUGCUUUGGGUUCUCGGAGAAUGCCCAAGCGAGCUGCAGCAUGUUUGGACUUUAAGGAAAAGAAUGUCCCUCUAUCGGAAAAAGAUCACCUUGUGGAUGCAAAAAGGGUGCCCACUGUUGAAAGUGAGAUAGCUGCGAUUGGCUUAACUACAGGCCAUGAUGAUCCUAGACCCAAUCGACGCCUCAUUGAUUUUAUUUUUCAUGAUGAGGAUGGAAAAGCACAACCAGUGGAGAUUCUUGAAGUUACUGAUUUGUUUAUUACGGGUGUAAUUUUGCCGCUAGAGCCUAGUGGUGAUCCAAGCAAAGACAAGGGAGUAAGAUGCGAGGGCUUUGGUCGGAUUGAGACAUGGGAUAUAUCGGGCUAUGAAGAUGGUGAACCAACUAUUUGGAUAUCCACCGAUAUAGGUGAUUACGAUUGUUGGAAGCCCGCUGCUUCGUACAAGAAAAUAUAUGGACUUUUCUAUGAGAAGGCACGUGCGUGCACUGAAGUCUACAAGAAAUUGUCAAGGUCUUCGGGGGGUAACCCUGACAUAGCUCUUGAUGAAUUGAUCGCUUUACUAGUUCGAUCUAUGAGUGGAAGUAAAAAUUUCCCUCCUGGUGCAUCAAUCAAAGAGUUCAUCAUUUCACGGGGUGAGUUCAUCUACAAUCAGUUAAUUGGAUUGGACAUUACAUCCAACAAGAAAGACCAGAAAUUUUCUGAUCUCCCUGUGCUCGUGUCCCUCCGUGAUGAGUGUAAAAAGAAUGUUGCAUAUGCGCAAGACACUGCCGCUCCCAUGAAUCUGGCUACUGGUGGGAGUCUUAAAAUCGGGGAUGUCGAAAAGAAAAACAACUCGGAUUCAUCUAUGCUUGCCGCAGAAGAGGAUGAGGAUGCCAAAUUGGCUAGAUUGUUACAGGAAGAAGAAGAAUGGCGGUCUAUGAAUCAGAGGAAAGGAAGACGCCAAGUUGCAAAUAAGUACUAUGUCAAGAUUAAUGAAGAUGAAAUUGCCAUCGACUAUCCCCUCCCUGCAUACUACAAACCCAACAGUGAAGAGACUGACGAGUAUAUUAUCUUUGAUAAUGACAUGGAUGUCACUGAUCCAGAUCUGCUGCCGAGAAGCAUGCUUCAUAAUUGGUCACUUUAUAACUCCGAUUCACGAUUGGUCUCUUUGGAACUUCUUCCUAUGAAACCUUGUGAUGACAUUGAUGUUGCUAUUUUCGGGUCUGGGAUUGUUACCGAUGAUGACGGAAGUGGAUUUUGUCUCGAUGCUGAUAUUCAAUCUUCAUCAGCUUCUUCUGAGGCACAGGAUGUGGGUGGAAUCCCUGUUUAUUUGAGUGCAAUAAAGGAAUGGAUGAUCGAAAUCGGAGCUUCCAUGGCCUUCAUAUCUAUCAGAACCGACAUGGCCUGGUAUAGGCUCGGCAAACCAUCGAAGCAAUAUGCUCCAUGGUAUGAAACAGUUAUAAAAACAGCAAGGCUCGCAACUGGCAUCAUUACACUAUUAAAGGAGCAGAGUCGUGUUGCACGUCUGUCCUUUUCCGAAAUCAUCAAAAGAGUGGCAGAAUUCGACAAAACCCACCCUGCUUUUAUAUCAUCAAAUCCAGCUAUGGUAGAAAAGUAUGUGGUGGUCCAUGGCCAGAUACUACUCCAACAGUUUGCGGAAUAUCCUGAUAAUAGCAUUCGGAACAGUCCUUUUGUUAGUGGGCUUUAUGAUAAAAUGUUGACAAGGCAUCACACAAAAUGGAUAGUCAAGAAAAAGGCUGUGACAAGGAGAGGCGCAAACUUGAAUCCAGUGGCUAAACUGGUUCCUAUCGCUAAAAGGAAACUGAUGCCCGCCACAACCACUAGAUUGAUCAACAGAAUAUGGGGUGAGUUUUAUUCAAAGUAUGCACCAGAGGAGUUGAAAGAAGAGGUUGUUGCGGAAAUCAAAGAGGAGGAGAUUCUGGAAGAGGAGGAAGAGCAGGAAGAAGACGUUGAAGAGGAGCAAGAAGAGAAAGUCUCGGUUGAGAAAUCUAACAAAAAAUGUCGGACAAGUGAAAAGAGAAAGCUCAGCUCAUCUCAGGACGUUAAAUGGGAAGGAGAGGUUAUUCAGAAAGCUGGUUCCAGUGAGUCCUUAUACAAACAGGCUAAUGUUUUUGGAGAAUCAAUUGCUGUUGGAGGCUGUGUCCUUGUUGAAACGGACGAGUCAGAAGAACUGCCGCCUAUCUAUUUUGUGGAGUAUUUGUAUGAGAAAUCAGGUGGUAAAAAAAUGGUUCAUGGACGGCUGUUGCUGAGAGGAUCUCAAACAGUUCUUGGUAAUGCUGCCAAUGAGAGUGAGGUAUUCUUGACCGAAAACUGUAUGGACUUUGAAUUGGGGGGUAUUCAACGUAGUGUACAUGUUGAAUUCUUCCGGGUGGAAUGGGGAUAUCAACAUCGGAAAGCUAAUGCUGUAAAGGAUAAGAUUGAUCGAUCAAAUGCGGAGAAAAAAAGUAAAGGGUUACCAUUAGAAUAUUACUGCAAAAGCUUCUAUCAGCCUGAUAAAGGAGCAUUCUUUUGUCUUCCUCACAAUUCAAUGGGAGAUGGAAAUGGUAUUUGUCAUGCUUGCGAAACCAGACUAACUGAGAAGGAACACAAGUCAUUAAAGGUUAAUCCAUCAAAAACUUGCUUUAGUUAUGAAGGAGUUGAGUACAAUAUUGGGGAUUUUUUCUAUGUUGGCCCACGGUAUUUUGCUGAAGACGAGAAAGAGAGUGAAACAUUCAAGAGUAGUAGGAAUGUGGGUCUAAAACCCUUUGUUAUUUGUCAGCUCUUGGGAAUUGAGCCGGCCAAGUCUUCUCGAAAAUCCGAUCCCGAGUCCAUAAAAAUUAAAGCACGGAGAUUUUUUAGACCCGAAGACAUUUCAGCAGAAAAAGCAUAUCGAUCUGAUGUUCGUGAGGUUUACUUCAGUGAGCAAACUCAAUUGUUGAGUGUAGCUGUUGUCCAGGGGAAGUGUCAAGUGAGAAGAAAACAUGAUAUGCCAUCUUCAAAUUACCCUGCUUUUUACGAGCAUGUCUUCUUUUGCGAACAUCUUUAUGACCCGGAUAGUGGAGCUACCAAACAGCUGCCUGGAAAUGUCAAGCUUGGCUCAACGGACGAUGAGUCAUUGUCUAGAAAGAAGGGAAAAGGUAAACAAAUUGAGGAUGAUGAACUAAUCAAGUCAGAAGAUGAUACUCCAAAGACUCAGUUGGCCACUCUUGAUAUUUUUGCUGGCUGUGGUGGACUCUCUGAAGGUUUGGAGCAAUCAGGUGUGUCACAGACCAAAUGGGCAAUCGAAUACGAAGAACCUGCUGGUGAAGCGUUUAAGCUUAAUCACCCAGGAGCUUCAGUGUUUAUAAACAACUGCAAUGUGAUCCUCAGCGCAAUUAUGUCUGCUUGUGGAGAUGAAGAUGAUUGUAUAUCAACCUCUGACGCUCUAGAAGAGGCGAAGAAGCUUGAUGAUAAAGCUAUCAGUGAUUUACCUAGACCUGGUCAAGUGGAUUUCAUUAAUGGGGGACCACCAUGUCAGGGAUUUUCAGGAAUGAACCGGUUUAACAAAAGUGCUUGGAGUAAGGUUCAAUGUGAAAUGAUCCUGGCUUUUCUGUCAUUUGCUGAUUAUUUUCGGCCUAAAUAUUUUCUUUUGGAAAACGUGAGAAAUUUCGUGUCAUUCAACAAAUGCCAGACGUUUCGCUUAACAUUGGCAUCCCUUCUUGAGAUGGGUUAUCAGGUACGAUUUGGAAUUCUUGAAGCUGGAGCUUGUGGUGUUUCACAAUCACGUAAACGUGCAUUUAUCUGGGCGGCGUCUCCUGAAGAAAUACUGCCUGAUUGGCCUGAGCCAAUGCAUGUUUUUGCGGGUUCUGAGCUUAAAAUCAAUCUGGACGGCAAUACUCAGUACGCUGCAGUGCGAAGUACAGCAACCGGAGCCCCUUUCCGUUCAAUUACAGUCAGAGAUACUAUUGGUGAUCUUCCUGCUGUAGAAAAUGGGGCUUCUUUAGCCACUAUGGAGUACAAGUCCGAGCCUAUUUCUUGGUUCCAGAAGAUGAUCAGAAGGGAUAUGGUGACCUUAACUGAUCAUAUAUCAAAAGAAAUGAAUGAAUUAAAUUUGAUUCGCUGUCAAAAAAUUCCGAAACGCCCAGGUGCUGAUUGGAGAGACCUGCCAGAUGAGAAGGUUAAGCUGUCCACCGGACAGCUGGUGGAUUUGGUUCCUUGGUGCCUGCCAAACACUGCAGAAAGGCACAACCAGUGGAAGGGUCUGUUUGGAAGGUUGGAUUGGGAAGGAAACUUCCCAACCUCUAUUACCGACCCCCAACCUAUGGGCAAGGUUGGGAUGUGCUUUCAUCCCGAUCAAGAUAGGAUAGUCACAGUUCGUGAAUGCGCUCGAUCUCAAGGUUUCCCGGAUAACUACAAAUUUGCGGGUAACAUUCAACACAGGCACAGGCAAAUUGGCAAUGCAGUUCCGCCACCAUUGGCAUUUGCAUUGGGUAGGAAGCUCAAAGAGGCUGUCGAGAAGAAACAAUGUGCGUCAUAAUUAUCAUGUCGGUUUUAACCCAUUGCUGGUUCUAGCAGACUCUCUUUGAAUUGUGAAUAGUUUCGGGUAAUUGUUAAAUAUAGACAAGAGGCUAUACAUUUUACCAUGCUCCCUUUUUUGGGUUCCAUGUGUUGAUUUCGAUUAAUUGCAAUGCAAAUAUGCAACCAUCUUUCGUAAGCUCUGC